AUGGCGCUUGCUAUGCUGAGUGAAGCCACCAUCGUAGAGAACCUUACCCUCCGCACGGCCGAUCUUACUCCUAUUGGUCCGCCCAGCAACCUUGUUCCUUUGUCUCUGGUUUCUAGGACAUACUAUAAAACCUUGAAGGAUGACUGCCUUCCCGACGUGUUUCGUCGCAUCUUCGAGCGCAGGUUUGAUAUGUCAGCUCUCCUACGUCGACUAGGUCCUUUGGCUCCGUCAGACGUUGCGGCCGAACUUUCCCGGAGAUACACGUCGCUGAAGAUGAUCAGGCGCGGGUCCCUAGGGGAUCCGAACUUGAGAGAUGCUCUGAUGAGAGCCUAUUUCAUGCUUUUAGAGGAUGAUGGCGACAAUGCUAUGCAGAUUGCUUGGUCCAAUCUGUCUGAGACUGUUGAGAACAUUCUCCGCUGUUCGUUGCAGAAAGAUUCAACCAUUGACCAAGAUGUCAUGGCACUGGCAAUCGUCUUGUGUUCAGCCCUCUCCCAAACUUUGUUAACGGAUGGUCAUGGAAGCGACGACAUUCGCGAAUUGCUGGUCCCCUUCGCAUUUUCGAGUCGACAUUGUCCUUUGUCAGAGUUACCGGAACGGGAUUUUUACCCAUUGCGAAGAUGUGCUCCAGAAGAACUCUCGAAGCUAUUUCCCUCCUCCCACUACAUCUCGUAUUUCGGAUGUACCCUCAGAUACAACACCCCCCCUGUUGCCGCCUACGCCAUCCAGGCCUAUCUCGCAUACUACGAAGAUCGCCCUCUUGGAGUCCCGGACAAGCAUGAUAUGCCGCAGACCAGCGCAAAUGUCCGACAUCCGCCCGGGGUAACUCUCGCCGAUAUCGAGGAGUACAACUCGCGAACGACGAGACUACGGCGUCGGUCGACCAAUCCUCCCAGCCUGCAAUACGACGCACUCUGGAGGCGGGUGACUUCCCGCAUUGACGUGGAUCGACCCGUGUCGUCCCGUCACGAACUGGGUAUGUUAUCCGGCUCUUGGCGCGGGACCUGUCUGGAUGGUUUGAAAAUCACGAACGCUGAAGGGGCCGACAUUGCACAUUAUCGAACCUUCAAAGACGGGCCCGGUGGCGGUACGCAGCGCCCCUCGCGGGAUCCUGUCGAUAUUAUUGUUACCGGCGAGGUUGUACCACCCUCUACGGAUCCGCAACAUAGCAGUGCCUUGGGGCCGUUCAAGUUCUACGGCCGGGUGCGUCCUUCCGACCGUCUUGUGGUCCUCGUGAGGGAGCCAGCGGAUCCUACAAUGGACCAUCUUGGUAGGGACGUAUUCCGCGGAUAUCUGCUCUCUUCACGACAUAUGGUCGGCAGGCGUCGGCAUGCUUUCCCCGACGCCACCGAAUCUUAUGAGACGCUGUGGAAUCUGAGGAGAAGUGAAGAGUAG